CGAGCGACGACGUGGGAAUCAUCAUCGUGGUAUUUGUGCAUUUUGUUUUUCUUAUUUAUUUUUACCGCCGCCGCCGCUGUGCCGAUCAUCGGUUCGGUAUUCGGUUAUACCUUGCUUUGGAGAUAGAACAGCUUUUAGAGUAGAGUUCGCAGUUGUUGUUGUAAUGAGGUUUUUCUGUUGUAUACGGUGCUAAGCUGGAACUAACUGACUUUGAGUAAACACCGCUCGAAUACAGUAAGAGACGAUCCAUCGCUGAGGACACACGCGUUUUUCUUGCUUUUUGGAAUAACAUACCUUCCUACAGUGUUAUUUAUUCUUUUUUGUAUUCUUACCACUUUUGUGUACACCAUUCUCCAGCACAGUUCUCGAAGUUAGAACCAUAUGAUAAUCGUUAUAUUCUCCUUUGGAUUUUUUCGUUAACGUCUCGUUGGAUAUAUCGGGUUGUUUUAUAUCUUCGCGUAUAAGAAAAAAUUUAAUAAGAAACAACAAAAAAAAACCUAUUCCAAAGAAUAAAACAAAAAAACAAGAAAAUAAUAUAAAAGGAAUUUUUAUAUUCGAGUGUAUUCUUUUUUUCUGUGUGGUUUUUGGUAUUCUUCUAGCGUGAUUGUUCGUGGAUCUCGGUUCGCGUGAUCUCCGUUUCGUUUCGCAUUUUCAAAGACGAAGAAUCCAACAGGAAUAUAAGAAAAUAUAUAAAUAGAUAGAUACCAGAGAAAAAAAAGGAAUUUCAAAACAUAAUUUAACAAAAAAAAGAUAUUCUUGAAGUGACAAAGGAAUUUGAAGAUAGUGAAGAAUAUGUUCAAAAAUGAUUUUAAAAAAUAAUAUAAGUGCAUAUAUUUAUAAAUUUAAACGAAAGUGUUUAUCAUAAAAAAAAUAAAUAAAUAUGAAAAAAUAAAAAAAAAAAUAUUUAGUGUUGUAAAAUACGCUCAUAUAUACACAUUGGAUUAUAAAUUGUUUUUGAUUCAAACAAAAAUUUGGAAAUUAAAAAUAUUUAAUAAAAACUAAAUUUAAUAAAAACUCCAUCCAACCAAAAUGCCGAAAAUAUUUUUAAUCAAAAAUCGUCUGCACCAACAGCAAUUACGUCUGUUGGAAGCACAAAAUUUAUUAUCACACAAGGACGACGAUAGAUUAGUACCACCGUUAAGUCCAUCAUCACCACAAAAAAAAUCAUCUAAUUUAUUUGGUCCUUCAUCGAAUGGAUUUAAUCGAUAUGAAAGUGAUACUUCGUCGUCGAAUACAACAAAUAAUGAACCAUUGUCAUUGGUGGCGAGGAAGCGAUUCAAUCGUCGUGAUCAUGACGAUGAACAAGUUCGUGAUAUCUUCCACGAAGACAAUCGCUUGGCUCCGCCAACAUCCCCUGAGCCAAAACUACCAUCGCCCCAUCAUCAUACCAAUUACACCAAAAAUAUUCGACCGUCGUUAGAAUCGAAUCCCAUUUCAACAACAACUUCCCUGCCAACAACCAGUGCGAAUAGCCGAACUGCCGACGAUAGUCCACCUUCACGGAAUACGCCAAACCGAUUGACACCACCCACCACCACAGACGAAAGUAUUACCGUACCAGCAGCAUCUGCAACAGCAUCAUCGUCAUCAUCGCCGCCACCGCCACCACCACCGCGACCAAGACGAUUUUUCUCGUCAAUACUUGGCGGUGAUCAUCCUUAUGGCAGUCGUGGUCACGUACUCACCCAAGCCCAACGUAAGGAAUAUCCCACCGAGGUGGUUGUAGCUGCUGCCGUUCCGCCAAUCGUAUCCUGCGAAGACGAACCCGUCUCAGAUACAGUCGACUCAGAUACAGAAGAUCAUAAAUUAAUAGUCGAUGAGAAGCCAGUUGUUCCUGAAGAGAAACCGCUUAGUUUGAGAACGACAAAGACUCCGCCACCAGCGGAAACACGCCCAAGUCCACCGCCACCACCCGAACCGGCAGUAAGGUGUUCGGUAAUCCAAAGAACGCCAAAGCCCAGAGAUUCACACGAUACCCGCCUUCCACUUGCAUUGUCACUGGCUCAUUUGGGCCCAGAGCAGGAACAGCCUAUUGAUUAUCACGUUCCGAAGCGAAGAAGCGAGUUUGAGGACGAAGAGAAGGCGGCCGAGCGUGAGCGACGCAUUCGGGAGGCUAGACGACGAAGUGCGAUAUUGGCAGCGAGAGCGGUUCUCGCCCAUCCAAGACUUGCAAAACUGAGCGGCAUUCUAGCUGCAGCAGCAGGUCACGGCAGGUCCUCGAAUAGCGGGGGAACAGGCAACUCUGGUCAAGGGUCCGCGGGCGGUCACCAAAACGGAGGUGCAGCUGGACUGAACUUCAGUGUUGGUGGACAAUUUGGCAGCGGAAGCGGCAACAGCGCAGCGAACAGCGGAAGCCUAGGCAGCGGCACAGGCGGCGGAGGAGGUGGUAUGGGAGGAGGACGAGACGGUCGUUCGAAUUACGGUCCAAACAGUCCACCCACGGGAUCACUUCCGCCCUUCUACGAGAGUCUUAAGGCACAAGGCCUUGGCAACAACAUGAAUUCCUUUAACGCGGCGAAUAGUAAUUUUCUUAUACAAAAUGCGGCCGCCUAUCUUAUGGGUGGCGGCGCGGGUGUAGAUGGUAUUGGUGGGGCCGGGGGGAGCGGCCAGGGGAACUCGCCGGAUAUGACGCACUUAGGUUCGACGGCGGCAUUCGCCAACGGUCUCGGUAAUAAUCCUUCAAAUGGUAAUCAUAUGAAUGGUCUUAAUCCAAAAUAUCCCAUGUUCAAUCACGCAGCUUACGGUAUUAUCCUGAAGGACGAGCCGGACAUUGAGUAUGACACAAAAAUCGAUAUAGGCAACUUUGCCCAACAGGGGCUCCUGCACAACGGCAACAACGGGGGCAACAAUCAGAACUGCUUUGGCAACGGCCACGGCAGUGGAGGCAACAACGGCGGGUACGAUGUUAACGACUCCAUGAUGUCCGAAGUGGUUGAUCCACUUCAGUUCACGGCGACGCUGACAUUCUCCUCAUCGGGCGACAACAUCUUGGACACCUUAUCGGAUGCGGUUGAUCUGAGUUCAUUCCUGCAGCGGCUGCCCAGUGAAGACUCGCCGAGUCCUGGUCAGGAAUUGGAGCUGGCUUCGACGCCCUCGCUCACUCCCGACUCGAUCAUUCAGAAUGACGGUGUCAACUGCAUGGACGCGUUCCACGAAAACAUCAUGAGUCACAUAACCAACACCCCGGGACCGAAUGGCUCGCGUGGCGUUGGGAACUGCUUCGACAACUCAAGAUUCCACCUGCAAAACAGCAAGCUAUACCAAGAGUCAACGCCUCCGCCGAGCUAUCAGCAAGCCCACAUGCAUCUGCAACAGCAGCACCAUCAUCAGCAGCAGCAACAACACCAUCAUUUCUCAAGCCAGCAGCAACAACAGCAGCAGCAACAUAGCUCUCACCCUCAUCAUCAUCAUCAUCCGCAUCCACAUGUGCAACACCAGCAGCAGCAGGCGCAGCAACAGCAGCAUCCUCAUCAUCACAACCAUCACCAGGGAAUGCUGUCCCAUGCGCUAAAUAACAGCAACUACCAUCACAUGGGCAGUGACAACAGCAAUCUAUCGCUGCCAUCGCCCUCCUCGAGCAGUAGUCACCAGAUGUCGAAUGCGUCCACUGGAACUCUCGAUCCAGUCGAUGCCAAGCCCAUCAUCCAAAGUGUAAGUCCAAGAUCUCAGUUCAAGAGGCAAUCUCAACAACAACAACAACCGCAACAAUUCACACUCAACAAUGGUGGUACAGUGCUGGCAAGUGGUGGUGUCACAGAAGUCUGUGGCAUACCCGCCCUAUCGCCGCACGUACCACCGCUGGAUGAUACCAAGUUCCAUAUACUACAUCAAAGGUUGGGACUGCCACCCGAAGUGCAAUUGGAAUUCGUAAACGGUGGUCAUGGCAUCAAAAAUCCACUCGCCAUCGAGAACACCCAUGGUCAUGGCCAUCGCAUUCGUGAAGAUGAUAAAAAUAAAACAGUUGUUGCUCCUGUUUGUGAGGAUGAUCCAACGAAAUUUAUCUGCCGCAUUUGUUCGAAAACAUUUACAUUGCAAAGACUGCUGAAUCGUCAUAUGAAAUGUCAUUCAGAAAUUAAGCGAUAUUUGUGCACGUUCUGUGGCAAAGGCUUCAACGAUACAUUCGAUUUGAAACGUCACACUCGAACACACACCGGUGUCCGUCCUUAUAAGUGCAAUUUGUGCGAGAAGAGCUUCACCCAAAGGUGUUCACUUGAAUCUCACUGCCUUAAAGUGCACAGUGUGCAACAUCAAUACGCUUAUAAGGAGCGUAGAGCUAAGAUGUACGUGUGCGAAGAAUGUGGUCACACAACCUGUGAACCAGAAGUCCAUUAUCUUCAUCUCAAAGAAAAUCAUCCCUAUUCACCGGCUUUGCUUAAAUUCUAUGAUAAGCGUCAUUUUAAAUUCACAAAUUCUCAAUUUGCGAAUAAUUUGUUAGGCCAAUUACCAAUGCCGGUUCAUAAUUAAAAAAAAUACAAAAGAAAAACAAAGUCACAGAAAUUAUUCAUUUAAAAAACAAACCUGUAAAAAAACAACCAAGUGAAUUCAGAGUUACGUUUUGUAUUAAGAAUUUUUCUUCUAUAUUUUUUAUUUUUGUUGAUUUUUCCUCUUUUUUUUAAAUCUAUUUUAUUUUCAAUUGAAUUGAAUUUCUAUUUAAAUUAUCAUGAAGUUUAUUAUUUUUAUUUUUUUUUAAGAAUUUUGUUAUAUUUUUUAAGAUCAAAAAUCGACUCAAUAAAUUUAUCUAUUAUUGAAAACAAAAAUGAUCUAAACAAACAAACAAAAAAUCAAUCAUGAUGCAAAAACAGAUAAAAAUAUGAAUAAGCUUUUGUGUUUUUUGUUUUGUUUUUGUUUUAUACACAAAACUGGCUAACACUGCCCGUAAAUGAAAUAAUCUUAAUCAUUCCAAAUGUAUAUUAAAAUAGAAUAUAAGAUAUAAGAUAAAUAUAAUAUUUAAGUUUAAAAUAAAAUAAAUACAAAAUAAUCCACAAAACUGUACUGAUAUUGAAUCUCUUAAUUUUUAAUAUAAGAAUUAUAAUUUUAUUUGUUUAUUAUUAUUUUCAUUUGUUUUAAGUAUAUAGGUUAUUUAAUUUUUUGGAAUUUUGUUUAUGGGCAGGCGAAACACAUACACAGCAACAAAUUAUUAUGGUUCCUCUUUAAUUUUUUCUUAGAGAAGAAUUUCGUAAGAGGCAGCGACAAAAAGAUGAAGUUGAUGAAGAAAAAAAACAAAACAAAAUCAAAAUAAUUUAAAAACUACAAUUCGGGUAAAUUGUGCAAUCAAAUAUGGUGAUGGAAAAAUAAUUAAAAAUAGUUAAGUUAAUUAUUUUAGUUUUUUUUUAAGUUUUGAGGUUAAUACAUGGAUUUGUAUUCCUCUUUGUUCAUAGAUGAAAAAAAUAAACAACUAGAAAAAUAAGUUCACAAAACAAAUAAAAGACGAAAAAUAAUCCGAAAAGAAAAAUAAAAACCACCAACUAACUGAAUACGAUUAGAAUUAAGGAAUUUUUGUCUAAAUGAAUAUGAUAUUUAUUUUCUUUUUAAUUUUUUUCUUUGUUUACUAAAUUAAAUAAUCUUAAAAUCUCUUCCACCUUCGGCUUUAAAUCGAAAUUAGUUCUUUUUGUUUUUAUUUUUCGAUGCAUUUAGUUUUUGUUUUCUUUUUUCAAAAAUAAAAAUCAAUAAUUUAGAAUAAUUACUGAGUAAAUGUUCGUUUUAUUAUUCAAAAUGUAGUUCUUAAGAUAAACAUGCAUAUAUAUAUAUAUAUAUUUUAAAUUAAUGUAUUCAAAAUGUAAGAAGAAAAUCGUAUAUAAAACUAUAAAAAAAUAUUUAAUUUAAACUACUCUUUUUUUUAAUAAUUUAAAUUAUGAUGCAAUGUGCGUAGAAGUAGACGUAGACGUAGAGUGAGAGUAGAGAAAGAGGAUGUAAUGUAAUAAUGUUGUAGAGAAUACUCAUGACAACAAAGAAAUUUAUUUUUUCUUAAGAAGAUUUAAAACAAAAACGAAUAAAAUUAUAAAAUUAUCUAUUACACAAUU